AUGGCUGCAGUUAAUAUCGAAAAUAAAAAUGAGGAACAUAUUGCAACAUCAAUCGAAGAAAAAACUUCAAUAACAGAAUCUGGAUCAAACCAUGAACAUUCUGAGACAUGUAAUGAUCCAACACAUCAUCAUAAUUAUUCAUCAUUUUUCAAUUUAAAUGAUUUUUAUCCAUCAAUGUCACCAGUAAAAAAAGAAAUACCAGCUAAACGAAAACAUAA